UUCUUCCUUCAGCCUGGGAGGAGGAUGGAGCUGGGAGUCUGAGCAGGGCGGCUGGAGCCUGCAGAGUUCCAGCGAAGCUCCACAGUCUGAGCCCCACCGGCCCCUCUGGCCCUCAUCUCUGUGGCCCCGCAGGGUCCCCGGCCCCUCUGGACCCCUGGACCCCUGACCAUGAAGCUGUGGCCGGUUCUGGUUGUGGCGUUGAUCUGCUUGGAGCUGCACGGCGGCGUCUGCCAGCAGGUCAAGCGGAGGAAGGAUGUGGGCGAGAACCGCAUCCGGCCGGGCGGGAAACGGGUGAAGGCGCGCCAGCCCAAGGUCAAAGACGGAGGGGUCAAAGGUCAGUCGCUGCUGACCCAGGUGCUGGAUAAAGGCCGCUUCCUCCGCCUGGGCCCGAGCCUCUCGCUGGCCCCGGGGAACGACCUGGAGCUGCGCUGCAAGGGGAGCAACAUCGGCUGGUCCUACCCCGCCUACCUGGACGCCUUCAACGACUCGCGCCUCAGCGUCAGGCAGAGCGACAAGUACGGCCAGCUGGUGCUGGCGUCCCCGUCCGCCGCCGACACCGGGCCCUACAGCUGCUGGGUGAUCGUGUGCGACGGAGGAGAGUGCGAGAAAGACCAGGAGCGCUCCUACGUCUCCUACAUCUACUUCACCGACAGAGACAACCUCUUCGUCCCGUCGGCCAUCCACUUCCAGAUCGUAUACCUGCGGCCGGACCGGCCGGCCGUGGUGCCCUGCAGGGUCACCGACCCCCAGGCCAAGGUCACGCUGCACAGGGAGGUCCCGCCGGAGGAGAUCCCCGCCAACGGGACCCUGGUGACCUUUGACCCCGCCAAGGGCUUCAUCCUGCAGAGCCCCCAGCCGGAGCACCAGGGCGUCCUGUACUGCAAGGCGGUGGCCAGGGGGACGCCUCAGAUCUCCACCAAGUACCAGCUGCUCUACGUGGAGGUCCCCAGCGGCCCCCCCUUCGUGAGCCUGGUGGCCUCGUCCGCCGCCGCUCGGGGAGGCGACAGCGUCAACGUGACCUGCAGCGUGCUGGGAGAGCCGGAGGUGGACGUCAGCUUCAGCUGGUCCUACCCGGGGCAGGGCCAGCGCCCCGUCCGGGUGGAGACCUCCUGGAGGCUGGUGAACCGGGCCAUGGGCUACACCACCCGCCUGUCGCAGAGCGUCCUGACCGUGGACGACGUGGAGACCAUCGACUUCGGGAGCUACGUCUGCAGAGCCAGGAACCCGCAGGGCGAGACCGUCAUGGCCGCCAGCAUCGUCUCCGAAUGAGCCGCGGCGCUCCGGGAGCCGCGCAUGUGUAGAGAUAGAACCGCAUUAAAGGUCUGCUU